AUGUUUGUCUUUAAGGCUGUGAAAGACGGCGGUCGAGUGGUUCUGGUGGCACUUGGCGCCGAGCGAGUGGAAAUACCAGUUCUGGAAAUGGUUGCCAAGGAAAUUGACCUUUUUCAAGAAGCCAUGUAUUUUCUUUCACAAAUGAUUGUGACUCAGUUUUUCAGUUGGCCUGCAGCAAUUGAAAUGAUCAGCUCAGGGAAGAUUAAAUUGGACAAAUUGACAAGGGCGCAUUAUAAGCUUGAAGAGGCUGUCGAGGCGUUUCAGUAUUCGCAGAAAGGAGAAGUCAUCAAGGUGUUUGUGGACUGCGCGCCGUGA